GCAGCGAGAUUGGAACUUAGUACGUGUGCCUGCUGAUGUGCCCAUGAAGUUUUGUGAUCGCGGAUGGCGUGGGGUUAUGCAACAGUUCACACGAAGCCAUCGCUCACUUGAGAAAUUUCUUCGAUGAUCAGUUAUGGCCAAACAACAGGUGCUCACCUUUUCGCCGCCGACCAAGGAGGUCGAAAGCGAAGCUGUAGUAGAAGUUCUGCUGCUUCAGCCGUUCGCAAAGCCACCGCAGGUGACGUUUGAAAAUGUCGCAGCGAAACGCGAGGCGGUGCGCCAGCUGCGUAUCAUGAACACAACGAACACGGACCAGUUGGUGACACUGAGCGUGCCACGGGAUAAGGGGUUCAGCGCCGACGCCGACGUCUUCAAGGUGGCCCCCGGCCAGCAGCAGCUGGUGACUUUCGUGUGGAAACCGGACGGCACGGAAACUGCGACGAGAGUGGGCGUCUCGGUGUCCACGGACAAGGGAUACAAAGGCCGCCUCGUCCUGCUUGGGACUCUCCGCCAGGAAGCGCGCCCGCGGAAGAAGCAAGUGCCAAGGUCAAGCGUUCUGACAUCUUCGCAGAAACCGAACUUGACCUCUGGGCCUUACAGGAAGGUUCCUAUACCACCAGCAAAAAAGGCCGCACCAAACCCUGCACAGGGCACAAGAAAAGCUGUUGCUCCCACCAGAAUUACCGUCCCUGUGGACUUCAAGACAAGGUCAAAUAAGCGUACUGCUUGUGAUGAGAACACAUGCAAUGCUACUGUGGAAUCGACCCCGCUCCACAAGCAGACUUUGCCAAGCUUGCCUGAAAGCAACGGCCACCUGAGCACUGACAACCAGCAUGAGAGCAGUUGCCCAGCUGAGCAGACUGCACUAAGCACACCGGCAGACAGUGGUUGUCUUGCGAGUGACAGUGCUCAGACUGUAGUUUCUCCUGUGGUGCAUCCCGCUCAUAAAUCUGAGGAUCUGAUGCAUCGAACAGCGACAGUUUGCCCAGAAGAGGUCCGGAGAGAAACCUUUGUUUGUGGAAUCGGUUCUCCAAAAGCCACAAGCAGCGUGUCGAAGGACAGCCACGGUCACGUCAGUGAUGACCAUGCACACACCCUGCCAGGCACUGGAGCAAGCGAGUGCGGUGACCUCAAGCUUUGGGCAGAGACCAUUUACUCAGAAGUCGAGACAGGAAGCAGCAUACCCCACCAAACUACCGUUAAUGCUGCUUUUGAAGACAGCUUGGAGCCCAUCAGCACAGCAACUAUAUGCGCAACGAUACACACGAGAGAUACAUGCUGCCAAGACAAUUUGAAUCUAGCAACCAGGGACUCGGCAAGUUUGGAGGCAGUUCAUGUUGAAGAUGACCCCGGCCAGAAUGACACCUUUGAACUUGAUUUGAGUGCACGAAUGGACAUGCUGUACCAGCAAAUAAUUGAAAACCAACUCUCUGAUGGUGCUCAGGCAAAUGCAUCUGAUUCCCACGAACAAUUGAACAUGAGCGCUCACUUGUCAUCAAUUUAUAAUGAGCUGUGCGAAGAAAAAUCCAAGGAGCUCUUGCACAGUCGGCCAGUGUUGAGCAAGACAGUCACUGAAGAAACCUUUAGUGACCGCCGUUUCUCCUCGCCAAAGCGCCCAGAUGAAGCAGACAAGCAAGACAACUCACUGGAAAACCUAAUUCGAGAGCUGGAGCUUGGCUCAAGCGAUGGCUCACUGCUGGGAAUGAUGCAACAGUGUAGUGGUGAUGCACUAUUUAAUGGACAUGUUAACAUUGAGGACUAUUUUCCUGCAGACGUGAGCAGCAUUAGGGGUAAGCCUGGGGACACUGCUUGAAGUGUACACCACAAGGGACUUUGCAGUUUAUUCUUUUACAUUAUUCUUUUUUUUCUAAAAUCGGUAUUUUUAAUCUUUUAUUUAUCAGCAUAGAAGUGCAUGCUUUCAAUGCAUGUGACUGUCUAGCCUGUUUCAAGGCUUUUCUGUCUUACUACGGCAUCAUGUGCAUUGUGCACAUGUGUGAUGCCAGACUUUUACUUUCUGUACAGUGUGUUAGAUAUGAAAGCAUUAAGUGUUGUUUAAUGUAAGUAUGUUUGCAAGCUUGUGCAAAAAAAACUGCUGCAUUGUGACAAUUACCUGAAGAAAACAAGCAGAAAAGGGAUCAAGUGUCUGUUCAGCAGAGGGCAAAUAAAGCUUCGCAUUGUUGCUGCAAAAUAUGACUGGAAUUAGCCAAGACUCACUUGGAUGUGACAAUUGCUAAUGUGUUGCAAGAAAUGCUUUAUGAGAAUGGUUUUGGCAUUGUAGGAAACUGAUUUGUGUGGCAGUUUUUACCACCUACACAGUGCAAAGUAAUGCUUGUGCACUGAAAUACACUAAAGAGGAAAAUUAUUUGCAUUGUUAGUAAAUUAUCUUUUUACAAUACAAAGAUAAAGCUGCUCAUCCCGAGUGGGACGAGCGCCCGACGUGGAAAAAUACUGUGGCCGCAGCGAUCGAAGUGGAUUGGGCCGCAUCAAGGUCGCGCCGUUGGAAACUGCUGGCGGUACUGCUCGGCAGGGUCAUUCGUACUACUUCGCGCGCUGGUAUUUGCGUUCAGACCGCUCAAAUUGUGUUCAUAAUUGCAUAUGACAUGUAUUUAUUCCUUAAGAAU